GCGGGCGGGGUGUGAUUGGGCGGCGGGGGUCGAGUCCCUGUGUGUGUGCACGCUCAACGGCCAAGAGGAGAGGGCAGACUGCAGACCGCCUUGGUUGCUCCCUCUCUCCCUCUACACUACUGUCCACGCCGGGCCAGGCGACCACGGCGAUGACUUGCAGCCCUGCCACGACCAGCACAUCGCCCGCUCGCCAAUCACAUCCCCCGAGCCCAAAUGCCUCAGCUGCAAAGGGACCCCCUCUGCUCCUCCGCCCACACGUUCCCGGCCAGGCCAUCCCCGCUGCCACUCAUCCUCGCUCCAAAGACAGCGCACGCCUACCAUCGCCACCCUCUCGCCAGUCGACGAGUCGCUAUUCUCCCCGAGUAUGUAGUAAUGCUUGGCUGUGGGUGGGUGGGUGGUGGUGGUGGUGUUGUUGCUAUUGCUGCUACUGCUGCCACUGCUGCCACUGCUGCCACCACUACCACAACACCCACUCAUCCAUCCAUCCACGCCCUCGCACCCUAUGCACUCUCAAACAUGCCUCCCCUCGCCCAUACUUACAUCUGCACCUUUUUUGCGCCGCUAGCAGCCAGCAGCAAAUCACGCCUUCGCUCCGCUUGUCGCCCUCGUAACUUGACGGCGGCCGGGUGGAGUCGUCUUCUGCCCCUGCGCUGCCAGCACAUCAAGCGCUGCGCAUGCUGUCAACAAGGCCCAUGCAACUUGCUGCACGCCAAAACCAUUGCGUCGCCCUGCUGUGAACCGCACGUCUUCCCACUUCAUCUUGCAGUGCAGCCCUAGUCGCUGCUGGCUGCCCCCGUCUCCAAACCGCCGCUGCUCUGUAAUGCCCUUUGCCAUGCCCGUCCAAUGAGCCGCAUCGGCGUGCCGCAUGCCGUGCAGUCUCUGUCGCCCAAACGCGUUCCUUUUGCGCCUUUGCUGCACUCAUGCACUUGCACCUGACCUGCUACUCGCCGCCUCCCUCGCCUGCCACCGCCAGAU